GCAUCCGAGAAGUCUCUAGUCUCUCUCAGGCGCUUUACAUCUCAUAUAACCCCUUCCCCACUCUCGACACAAUCAAAUUCAUUCCUUUUUUCGAACCCUUAGUCACUCCUAUGGCCGACGAAGCCAAAGCCAAGGGCAACGCCGCUUUCUCCUCCGGGGACUACGCCACCGCUAUCCGCCACUUCUCCGACGCCAUCGCCUUGGCCCCCGACAACCACGUCCUCUAUUCCAACCGAUCCGCCGCGUACGCGUCCCUCAAAAAUUACUCCGAUGCCCUAAUCGAUGCCAAGAAGACCGUCGAACUCAAACCUGACUGGUCCAAGGGCUACAGUCGUCUCGGCGCCGCGCAUCUCGGCCUCUCCCAAUAUGAAGACGCUCUUUCGGCUUACAAGAAGGGCCUCGAAUUCGACCCCAACAACGAGCCCCUCAGGUCCGGUUUAGCCGAUGCGCAGAAGGCUCUAGCUGAGGCCUCCAGGCCCCGCUCCUCCGCCGCCAACCCCUUCGGCGAUGCAUUCUCAGGGCCCGAGAUGUGGACCCGGCUCACCGCGGACCCCACAACUAGGGCUUACCUCCAACAGCCGGAUUUCGUGAAGAUGAUGCAGGAUAUCCAGAGAGAUCCUAAUAAACUCAACCUGUAUUUGAAGGACCAGAGAGUCAUGCAAGCCAUAGGGGUUUUGCUCAACGUCAAGAUUCAAACCUCUCCCUCCGCCGACGUCGACAUUCCUGAUUCGCCCCCUCCGUCCACGUCCGAGAGGAAGAGAGCCGCGGAAGCUGAACCCGCCAAGCAACCCGAGCCUGAACCCGAACCUGAGCCCAUGGAGGUGUCUGAGGAGGACAAGAGCGCGAAGCAGAAGAAGGCUGAGGCUCUGAAAGAAAAGGAAGCCGGCAAUGCAGCGUAUAAGAAGAAGGAUUUUGACACUGCAAUUCAACAUUACACCAAGGCUUUGGAGUUGGAUGAUGAGGAUAUAUCGUAUCUUACCAACCGCGCUGCUGUGUACUUGGAAAUGGGAAAGUAUGAGGACUGUAUAAAAGAUUGUGACAAGGCUGUUGAAAGAGGAAGAGAGCUAAGAUCAGAUUUUAAAAUGAUAGCUAGAGCUUUGACAAGGAAAGGAACUGCCUUGGUGAAAAUGGCGAAGUGCUCAAAGGAUUACGAUCCUGCCAUUGAAACAUUCCAGAAAGCACUAACCGAGCAUCGCAACCCUGACACUUUGAAGAAACUUAAUGAAGCUGAAAAGGCAAAAAAGGAUCUGGAACAACAAGAAUAUUUUGAUCCAAAGUUGGCUGAUGAGGAGAGAGAAAAAGGAAAUGAAUUCUUUAAGCAGCAGAAGUAUCCCGAGGCUGUGAAGCAUUACACAGAGUCUAUCCGAAGAAAUCCGAAAGAUGCUAGGGCCUAUAGUAACAGAGCAGCAUGCUAUACCAAGUUGGGGGCAAUGCCUGAAGGUUUAAAGGAUGCAGAGAAGUGUAUUGAACUUGAUCCAACCUUCGUGAAGGGUUAUACCAGGAAGGGUGCGGUGCAGUAUUUCAUGAAGGAGUAUGACAAAGCUUUGGAAACAUAUAGGGAGGGAUUGAAAUAUGACGCUAACAACCAGGAGUUACUUGAAGGCAUUAGAACUUGUAUACAACAAAUUAAUAAGGCUAGCCGUGGAGACUUAAGUCCUGAGGAAUUGAAGGAGAGACAGGCAAAGGCAAUGCAGGAUCCAGAAAUUCAGAGCAUUCUCCAAGACCCUGUUAUGAGACAGGUGUUGGUUGAUUUCCAGGAAAAUCCUAAGGCUGCGCAGGAACAUACGAAGAAUCCAAUGGUGAUGAACAAGAUCCAAAAGCUGGUCAGCGCUGGAAUUGUUCAGAUGAGGUAAAUUUGUGGAAGAAGGGCACAGUUCUUGUGAAAGGCAAUCCACAAUUAUGUCUUUGGGUGUGACUAGUUUAAUAUUUGAAUAGAUUUGAUUGGAAAAAAGUUGGGAAAUUUUGACUUUUUUUACUACGUUUUGUUUUAGUGGACUUCGUAUAUGAUUAUCAGGUACACACCAUUUUAAUAUUUCAUUUCGACAUGAUUUUAUUUUAAUUCAACCGGGAAUGUGUUGUCGCUCUUUAA